UUUGCAUUUUUUUCUUCUUUUUUUCUUGCUGAUUUCGGAUUUCUCUGUUAACAACAUUGUUCUCAUGGUUUUUUUUGGUGAAAACCAUAUAAAAACAUUUCUUGGGUUUAAUCUACUUAUUUUUGUAUAAUUGCCUAUGUUUGAAUGUAGUAUUAAAUUGGUUUAAUAGUUUUCUAUGUUGUAAAUCGAGUUCUAAGGCAAUGCAAAAGCUUUAUUUCGUGAUUUUUCUAUGUUGUAAAUCUAGAUUCAGGGUUAACUGAUUGUUUUGAGUGCUUGACAUCAAGUUCCCUGACAAUCUAUCUGUAUUAGAGUGCUGGUUGGUUGUCUGCAUGAUAAGAUAUUAGAGAGCUUGUUGGUUGUCUGCAUGAUAAGAAUAUGGAUGAACAAUCAUUUGAUAGUUUCGGUUCUUGUUGGAAUCAAUAUACUUUAUUCCAGACUGCUGUAAUUUUGAUUAGCUUGAUUCACUGUGAGAUUGCGACGUUAGCAUCACCCUAGUUCAAUAUUGUUUUUAUUGUGGAAACAAUCCCAUAAAAAAUUGAAAAAAUUGAAUUAGAUCUCCAAGAAUGCUCAACCCUGAAACUCAAAUUUGGACAAAUGCAAAAGAUUUAAAUCUUUUGGAGCUCCAAAUCGAAUAUUAUUUAGAGAAGCCACUCCAAAAAUAGUUUAUUUGAAAAAGAGGAUUAGAAAAAAAAAAGACUGACUUGAUUCGGAUAUUCAGAUUAGCUUGGGUAAUCCGUCAAAAAAGUAGUUAUGAUUAGCUUGGGUAAUUCAUAUUUUUCUUUAUCUCUCCCCUCUACCUCCUCUCCUACUUGCUUGGUUCAAAUCUCCACAAAAAACCAUAUGCUCUUCUCCUAAACUCAUUCUCCAAUUCAACUGCAGAUUGUUUUGGUAAUGGGGUUAGGCUUUGAACACCACCACUCUGAUCCUUCACUCCCAAACCUAUCAGACUAUGAGACCACCAUCCCCAACUUCUUCGAGUUCUGUGAUACCAAGCACAACGACUAUUGUCCAUGCCAUGACACCACGAGAGAGAAGAAAUUUGACACCCAUAUGCUAUUUUUCAAAGACUAUUCUCAUCAAAUGAGUGUUAUUGGUUUUAGUUUUGUAGGCCUUCUGUCAAGAAACUUUAGUUUCUGGGAAUGGUCAUAGUCAAAUUUGGAAAUUGGAACAUGGUUUCCGGUUCAUAAUAAAUGAGGAUUUGGUUUCAGUGCUCUUAUUGAACACUGAUUUCCGAAGUGAUCAACUUUCCUUUCAUGGCUAAUUAAAAUGUUGUUUGUCGUUUUUUCAUUAUUUCUGUUUAACUAAUCCAUGUCACAUCCUUAUUUGAGAAAUUGCUCGGAUGUUGUUUGGAUGACAAUUCAAUUUAUCCAUUAGCCAUUUCAAUGCCUUUUAGAAAAUUAUUACUGAGUUAUUGAGAAUAUUAUGCUCUCUUUUGUUAUGCUUUAUUUAUGGUUCAAUAGUACAGGGUGGUUAUAUUUCUGGUUGGGCACGUACAUUUCCAACAUUGUCUUUUUUUGCAUCCUUGGGAACCUUUUGUGUGCUAAAUGCUAAACAGUUCAGCGUGUUGAAUUGUGGUCAUUGCAUUCUUAUUCUGUUCUUUGAAUUGUGGUCAAAUGCUAAACAGUUUUGCAUUCUCGUUGUUGUAGAACUUGGUUAUUGGAUUGUACUUUGAGCUUCCAAUGAUUACUAAAAUUCAUUGUGCUACUUUGUUCACAAUUGUCGAUUCUCUCCCAUAGUUCUCUUUUGAUUCUCAUUAGUUACAAUUAAUGAUUCUCAUUAGUCACAAUUCGUGAUUUUUUGAAAACCUGUGAAGUUUAGUUGCUAUUGCUUACUAGCUUGCUUGUUUUCAUUCCUGAAUUUGUUCUUCACUCAAUGGUUUCAUUUGUUCCAAUUAUUUAUUUAAAUUGCUUUGCUUUUUUUCUUUUUGAAAUUGUUUGAUAUACAGCUAUGAUGUGGGUUCAUGAAAUCUGAUAUGUUUUUCUAUGAUACACUGCUACGUUGUGGGUUUGUGAAUAAAAUGUUGAAUUUUAGUAGAAUUGAGAAUAAUCUUACUUACCUUUUUGUUAUUUUUUUUUUUUUGGGUUUGUUCAGUUUUACUUAGCUCCAAUUAUGAAUGUUGUAGCUACCAUGCUCUUUUUGUUACCUUUCUAUUUUUAAUGAAUAAUGCUUAUGGGUUCAUGAAUAUAAUUGGUUGGGACCAAACCAGGAACUUCUUAACUUCCUAGGAGGUUAUCAAACACAGAAACUAGGAACUUCUUAACUUCCCAGGGAGGUUAUCAAACAUAGAAACCAAGAACUUCUUAAGUAACUUGUAAUUUACAGUUCUUCAAGAACUUCGUGAGGAACUUCCAAUUUACAGUUCAUGAACUUGCUUUCAGUUAUCAAACAGGCCCUUAGGGUUUCCUACUUUUGUCGUUGCGAUUAGAGAGAGAGAAUUUUUGGGUUUUUGGAUUCACAAAAAUUCACAGCUUUGAGGCGCUCAUAACCCUUGGCCUCUGGGAGCAGUCAGAGACCUUCAUUUCGAUCAGCAGUCAUGGUGAAGUAUUCCAGGGAGCCGGACAAUCUAACUAAAUCUUGCAAGGCCAGAGGAUCUGACCUGAGGGUUCACUUCAAGAACACUAGGGAAACCGCAUUUGCUAUCAGGAAGCUCCCAUUGGUCAAGGCUAAGAGGUAUCUGGAGGACGUUCUUACCCACAAGCAGGCCAUCCCUUUCCGGCGCUUUUGUGGAGGUGUUGGGCGCACUGCUCAAGCAAAGAACCGCCAUCCAAAUGGACAAGGGCGGUGGCCUGUCAAGUCUGCCAAGUUCAUCUUGAGCUUGCUCAAGAGUGCUGAGAGCAAUGUUGAUGUGAAGGGCUUGGAUGUGGAUACACUAUUCAUUUCGCAUAUUCAGGUGAAUCAGGCCCAGAAGCAGAGGCGACGAACUUAUCGUGCCCAUGGAAGAAUCAACUCUUACAUGUCCUCCCCCUGUCAUAUUGAGUUGAUAUUGUCCGAAAAGGAGGCACCUGUCAAGAAAGAGGCUGAAACCCAAGUGGUGCCCAAGAGAACGAGGAAAUCUCAAGCUCUUCGUAGUGGGGCUUCAUCUUAAAGAUUUGCAGAGUAAGAGAGAUUGGUAUCGCAGCAACUUGGAGAUUUACUGAGAGAGAGAUUGGCAUCUUUUUCCUUCUAUUUGAAUGCUCAUGUUUUUGCUUCAUCUUAAACAUUUCUUAAAGAAAUUUGUGGUUGUAUUAGGACCAACAAUCAAUCAACCCCAUUUGGGGAGAGAUUUUCUUGCUUGAGUUGGCUAGUUUGAGCCUUAGAUCAUAUUUGGGUCAUUGUUUUGGAUGUCUUUGUUUGUGGACACCCAUGUCCUUAUAUUGCAAGCAUUAGUUCCUAUGAAAGUGUUUUAGAACUUUUGUUAGUAA